UCAGAUUCUGAAAGCGCUGUUGUUCAUAUGGUCUACAAUCCAUUCCUCAGAAUCUCCCAGAUUUUAAUAAUUUCCAUCCUCUUCUUGUUGUUGUAGAUCGUUCUUGUUUUGUGAUUGAUUCUGUUUGAUUUGAUUCUGUUGUGGAUGAUCUUGUGGUUGAAGCGUGCGAGAACUGCGGGGAAAAGUGGGGAGGUGCAAUGAAGGGGAUGUGAUGAUAAGAUAAAUCAAAGAUGAAUUUAAAUGAUGAAGAUGUUGAUUUAGGACUUGCUUUGGGUUCUACGUAUUACAGUGUACGCACGAGGAGGCUGGACAGCAGUUCGGGUGCAGGUGUAAAUGCAGAUGCUAGAGUCGACAUGACAUUUGCAGCGUCUGAUCCUCUAUCGGAAUUAGUUUGGUCGCCCCACAACGGUUUAAGUCUCAAAUGUGCUGAUCCAAGCUUGCCGAAUAAGAAACUUUUCAACCUGUGGAAUGUGGGGCUGAGCAUGAAGGAUCCUUCGACAUUGCAGAUCAGUAGAUCCAAGGAGGGUAGUGGCGACAAGAAAGCUGUUGAAGAAAAGUUUGGUGACAUAGCUCCAAUGUUAAGGUCUUCUGUAGGCAACUCUAAUUCCGGCGCUGAUGCUAUCCUAGAGGGAAUUACCCGACACAAUCAAGAAGAGGGUCCAUCAAGUCGACAUUUUGCUGAUAUUGCCGAAUGCAGCAAAAGGAAUGCUGAGAAUUUUAGGUAUUUGGGACGUGGCCAAUUUUGCUGCUGGUUUUCUGCAGAGCAGGAUACAUUAGCAGAUGAUGCUGAGCUUGUUGCUGCUAGUAGCAACGAAAUUAUUGGCGAAACAGUUCGACUAAAUUCCGAACCUCAUUCAGAAAAGCUUUGUGAAGGUCCAAACUGUUCUCUUCCAAAAUUGGUGUCACAGCAAGAACUGGACAAUGAAGUAACAUCAUCUUCCCAAGAAAUUGAUGCCAACAAAAUUAGUAACCAUCUGAUGAUACUCGAAUCCUCUGCCGAGAACGAUUUGUGUCGAAUGGCUGCAAAGGAGGUUCACAGUCCAGUCGAAAGAUCUACAGACAACAGGAUUAAUCUGUACCAUGAAAAGGGGAAAGCAAAAGCAUUAUCUGAUGGGGAUAUCUACGCGAGAUCAGACGACGAAGAUGACAGCAACGAGAGCAUGGAAAGCUGUAAUAGCAUCGGAUUGUUCUCGAAAGGAUUAAAGAGACAGAGGUAUGAUGGAGAAAAGCAGUUUACCGGAAGCAAAAGAUCGAAAAGGCAAAUGCUAGCUAGUCGGGAUUCUCCUCUACUCGCCCCGCCGGAUAGCUCUUUUAUGAACUGGAUAUCGAACAUGGUGAAAGGUUUAUCGGACUCUAAUAAAGAAGGUUCUUCUUCCCUCUGCCUGACCCUCGCUCGAUCCAAUGAAGCUUGCGAGAGCCCAAAGCCGGGAUUCCAAUCGAUGUUUCAGUCCCUAUACUGCCGAAACACCAAACUUCCUAUCGUCGGAAUAAAUAAGGAUACUUGUUGUUCCAUCGAAGAAUCUAAAGAACCUACGGUGGCUGCCAAGAAACCUCUCGAGAAUGUUGCACAAGAUCAGAACGUUUCAAGAAAUACGGAGUUUUCAGCCCCGUUUGAUAACAAUGCUCGGGAUAAAGCUGUCGACACCCCUUUGCCGAUAAGAUACAUUCCUUCGAAAAGUAGCCCUCUUUCCAGUUUGUGGAUUACGCGCCUCUACAAUAAAUCUGUCGAUUUAGAGAACUGCGAUCAAGUCGUCGAAGAAACUCCUGCAUGCUCGACAGAACUCACGAAGCCUUCUGUCAGUUCUACUCAUAAACCGAGCCUCGCACAGUUUCCUCACAAGUUAAGAACCUCGGAUGCAAUGGCGUCCAUUUUCGCGAAACGAUUGGAUGCAUUCAGGAACGUUACGCGUGCAACAGGGCAGAUGAAGUCUUCGUUGACAUCUGCGCAAAUAUGCUUCUUUUGUGGCAGUAGUAGCCAUGAUCUACGGAUAUGUCCGGAGUUAACAGAAGCUGAGCUCGACGAUCUCUUGGUAAAAGUAAGUGCAUUCGACAGGGUUGACGUAUCUCCCAGUUUCUGCAUCAAAUGCUUUCAGUUCGAUCAUUGGGCGAGUUCGUGCUCCGCGUCGCAUCAACAUAAGGUGCGCACGAGCUGCCUCGUUCAACUUCUUCCCGUCAAUGAUGACCGGGACAGAGAUGAUCAUAAGCUUGCCUACUCUGAAUGUCGGAGGAACACUGCGACAAAUAACAUUCGAAGAUUUCCACAGUUUAAUUUCCAUUCCGCGGCACAGAAUGCAGAUACAGCUGCAGAGGGAGAGGCUCUUCACGCGAUAAUCAAGUUACGCCUGUCGCGCGGCGAUGUUAUCAGAUGGAUGAACUCCAACGAGUCGCUAUCGCGCUUGAACGGAUAUUUCCUGCGCGUACGCCUCGGAAGCUCCGAUGCAGGUCUAACGGGAACGGGUUACUACGCUGCUCGCAUUACGGGCAACACAAUAGAGCGCAUCGGUCACAAGUCGAAGAAGACUAUUUUGGUAGAUGUCGGGGGGAUUCAAUCAUCGGUUGGGAGUCAAUACGUCUCCAACCAUGAUUUUCUCGAGGACGAGGUUAAGGCCUGGUGGAGUCGAGUGGUGAAUACGGGGAGCAGCAUUCCAUCGUUGGCAGAGUUGAACUCGAAAUUCAACGAGAGAAAAUGUCUCGGCUUUUAGACAAAUAUCGCAUUCGUAUUUCUGUGACAACAAGGUACACACUGCGCCUAAAAGUGUCCCGCGAAUGCAUGGGGAAUAUAUUUAUACGUAGAUACAUUUGUGUGUAUAUGUAUAUAUAUAUAUAUAUGCAUAUGUAUACAUUGGUGUUAAUUAUGGUGUGUUUGUUUCCCUUCUCGCUUUCGAAAUUUUGAAAUCGAAGUGAUGGCUAUGUACGUUUAUGUAUGUGUGAUAUAUUUAGGUGAACAGUUGGAGCUGAGGAUUUGUUGUUGGUGUACUA